UUCAGUGUAGUUCGAACAACGGUGGUGGAGGUGUCUCAAAAAGUUUUGAAUUAAAAAUCCAAAAUGGCUGUGCCUCUUGUCACUUUGAAUACUGGCUACAAUUGCCCAAUGCUGGGAUUGGGAACUUGGCAGUCCAAGCCAGGAGAGGUGGAGCAAGCAGUGAAAGACGCCAUUGACGUGGGCUACAGACACAUAGACUGCGCGUUUCUCUACUACAAUGAGGCCGAAGUCGGUAAGGCCAUCAAGGAAAAGAUCAAAGCAAAAGUGGUGAAGAGGAAAGACCUGUUCCUGACUUCCAAGCUAUGGUGUACCUUCCACAACCCGGAUCUGGUGGAGGCUGCUUGCAGGAAGACCAUGUCGGACCUUGGGGUCGACUAUUUGGAUCUGUACCUCAUCCACUUCCCUCAGGGAUAUGAGCCCGCAGAAGACCCAUUCGCGAAGCUUGACGAUCCCUUCGCGAAGCUUCCCAACGGGCGGACCAAUGCGUCGGUGUACGACUACGUGGAUACCUGGAUAGCGAUGGAAGCACUGGUUGAGAAGGGCCUGGUCCGCAGUAUUGGCGUCAGCAACUUUAACAAGAGGCAGCUGGAUCGAGUGCUGGGGGUGGCUACCAUCAUUCCCGCUAUGCAGCAGAUCGAAGUGCACCCAUACCUGAACAACGCAAAGCUGAUCGACUAUUGCCGGUCGAAGGGCAUAGCAGUGACCGCUUACUCUCCGCUAGGAUCCCCGGAAAGGCCCUGGGCUAAGCCGGGAGAGCCCAACCUGAUGGACGAUCCCAGGCUGACCAGCAUCGCUCAGAAGUAUAAGAAGAGCGUGCCGCAGAUUUUGAUCAGAUACGCCCUUGACCGCGGCCUGGUGGUGAUCCCCAAGUCGGUGAAGAAGCAGCGGAUAGCGGACAACUUCAACGUGCUGGACUUCAAGCUGCAACAGGAGGAUAUGGAGCAGAUUGCGUCUCUGGAGUGCAGGGGGCGCGUGUGCGAUCUGGGCGAUUCCGACCACCGUGACUAUCCUUUCUUCGACGAAUACUAAAUUGAAGAAUCUUUUUUAAUUUUGGAAGACAUUUGUAGAAUAAUUAAUUUAUUAAAGCGUUUGGACGAAGGGAAUCAAAAGAUAAUAUUUGGUUAUAAUAAAUUUUUCAU